CCAUGUGGGGCGGACGCCGCCCGGCCGCCUCCUCCCGGGACGCCGCUUCGCUCCUGCGGCUGCUGCUGGCCGCGCUGCUGGCGGCGGGGGCGCGGGCCAGCGGCGAGUACUGCCACGGCUGGAUGGACGCGCAGGGCGUCUGGCGCAUCGGCUUCCAGUGCCCCGAGCGCUUCGACGGCGGCGACGCCACCAUCUGCUGCGGCAGCUGCGCGCUGCGCUACUGCUGCUCCAGCGCCGAGGCGCGCCUGGACCAGGGUGGCUGCGACAACGACCGCCAGCAGGGCGCCGGCGAGCCCGGCCGCGCGGACAAAGACGGCCCCGACGGUUCGGCAGUCCCCAUCUAUGUGCCCUUCCUUAUCGUCGGGUCGGUGUUUGUCGCCUUCAUCAUCUUGGGGUCCCUGGUGGCCGCCUGCUGCUGCAGAUGCCUGCGGCCCAAGCAGGAGCCCCAGCAGAGCCGGGCCCCGGGGGGGCCCCGCAUGGUGGAGACCAUCCCCAUGAUCCCCAGCGCCAGCACCUCCCGAGGUUCCUCUUCCCGCCAGUCCAGCACGGCCGCCAGCUCCAGCUCCAGCGCCAACUCGGGGGCCCGGGGGCCCCCGACCAGGUCACAGACCAACUGUUGUUUGCCCGAAGGCACCAUGAACAAUGUAUACGUCAACAUGCCCACAAACUUCUCCGUGCUCAACUGUCAGCAGGCCACCCAGAUUGUGCCCCACCAGGGGCAGUACCUGCAUCCCCCCUUCGUGGGGUACACGGUGCAGCACGACUCGGUGCCUAUGACCCCGGUGCCGCCGUUCCUGGACGGGCUGCAGACGGGCUACAGGCAGAUACAGGCCCCCUUCCCUCACACUAACAGCGAACAGAAGAUGUACCCAGCCGUGACUGUGUAACGCAAGGUGAGGCCGGGGUCCGGUACCAGACAGAGGAAGGCAGAAGCUGUGGGCUUGGGAAGGAUUCUCAACGUGGAAGUCCCAGCGUAUCGCUGGUGUUUGUGGCACAAUUCUGCUGGAUGGCUUGCUUUGCCCCCAAACUGUAUGAAAACAUCUUUCUCCAAAUGAGCGUUUCUGGACAUGUUUCAUCCCAGUGCAUGAUGGAUUUAUGAUGGAGAAGAGCAUCCCCUGGAGAUGGCUGUGUGGUCGCCAGUGGUUGUGUGACACAUGUGCGCCCUUAAGUGCCCUUGAGGUGUGGCUGUCAGAAGGAUUUUGUAAACUGAUUGUUUUUAUUAUUUCGUUACUGUUACUUCUUUUUUAUUUUUUAUUGUAUUGGUACAAGAUCAGAAUAGUUGUUCCCUCCCUUUUACCUGGGCCAGUUUCUAAUAAGCAUCCCAAGUUUUAGGGGGGAUGCUAAGAGCACAAUUCUUAUAAAAGGAAACCAAUCUGGACUCUGAGGUUAGUCCUUGAUCUCAGUAUUUCCCAGACACACCUUAAUUCAUUGUAAAAAGAUAUAUAUAUAUUGUUUAUUUUUGUGCUUUUUUGGGGCCUGUUUUGUGCUUUUUUACCUUGUGUAGAGAUCUUGUUACAAAGUGAUUUCCUACAUUAAAAAGAGGCUGAAAGAAAUUGUAUAGUUACUUAACUGAUGACAUUUCAGAACUCUGGGAUUAUUUUAAUCUUGAAGUAGAGUGAUGGUGUAGUAAUAAAACCAUUCAGCCCCUUCUCGAUUGUAUCUUUUAAAUUUCUGACUUCACAUUGACAUCUGAGAAGAGUAAUAAAGUGUUUUCAUAUUGAAAUCAUAAACUAUCACCUGCCCCUUCUCCAGAUGACUCUUCAUUUUGCUGUGUGGUGUGGUUUGGCGUUUCACUCUGUUUGGUGUUCAGACCUCCGUGUCCAUAUAGUACUGAGUGCGGGUAAUUACUGUUGUUAUAAAUGAACGUCAGCCUUUCUGCCUAGAUCUGAUAAAACAUUUUCUUGUCUUCCCUAGAAAAGCUCAAAGAAACGCUUGCAGAGAGAGAGAGACUUAAUAUCGCUCCUCAGCCCAAACCUGAGACUUGGGAUGAAAUUUAAACCGCAGAUUCGAUUUACUUCGCAAAUCAUAGGCUUUUUACACUGCCGUUAUCAAAAUGUCUUGUUUUUCAGGCAAGAGAGACUAUCAAGUUGAGAAGAGCUUUUCAAAGAGAUAUUGCCUUUCUUCCCCACAAAGUUAGUUCUUGUUUUCCUCUCUCUUUUAGUCCUCAACAAGCACUGUAUUCAUUACUAGUCUUCUGAAUUAUGAAAUUCAAGUGAAUUUAUUUGUGCAUUGUUCCCUUACAAGAAGUAAGUUGAAGUUAAUUUCCAACUGCUAGCAAAACCAAGAUUUGUAAUUAAACGGUUGUAAGGUAUGGUCUUCUACACAUAUUUAUAUCUGUAUCUAUGGCCAUCUGUCUAUGGUCUGUCUACCUUUUCUAUCACCUGUCUGUAUCUCUGUCUAUCUCAUGACUGAAAAACGUAAAACCAUUGUUGGCAAUUGGUAUCAACAAAGAUACCCCAUCAAAUCUUUUAAUAGCCAAAGGCAGGGGAAAAUCCUUUUACUUAUUAAUAAAUGUUUUAUGGCAUGAA